UUUCGCCCGCCUCGCGUCCCAGCUGCCCGCUGCUUGGGCUCCGCCGUCCCGCGCCCCCCCGUCUCCGGAGCCGCCCCUUCCCCAUGUUCCGGGGCGGGAGUCCUGAAAGCAAAGAUCCGUUCGCCGGCACCCCAUCAUGUCCGAACAGACUAAAGAGCUGGUGGAGCUGGUGUGGGGCACCAAGAGCAGUCCCGGUCUGUCUGACACCAUCUUCUGCCGCUGGACGCAAGGGUUUGUGUUUAGUGAAUCAGAGGGAUCUGCAUUAGAACAGUUUGAAGGUGGCCCCUGUGCUGUUAUUGCACCUGUUCAGGCAUUUCUUUUGAAGAAGCUCCUGUUUUCUUCUGAGAAGUCUUCUUGGAGGGAUUGCCCAGAGGAAGAGCGGAAGGAACUCCUUUGUCACACCUUAUAUGAUAUUUUAGAAAGUGCCUGUUGUGACAACUCUGGAUCAUACUGCUUGGUUUCAUGGUUAAGAGGAAAGACAGCUGAGGAAAAUGCUAGUAUUUCUGGGAGUCCUGCAGAGUCUAGUUGCCAAGUGGAGCAUUCUUCUUCUGCCUUGGCUGUCGAAGAGCUUGGCUUUGAGCGAUUUCAUGCAUUAAUUCAGAAAAGAUCAUUCGGAAAUUUAUCCGAAUUAAAAGAUGCUGUCUUGGACCAGUAUUCAAUGUGGGGAAGCAAAUUUGGAGUAUUGCUUUUUCUGUAUUCUGUGUUAUUAACAAAGGGCAUUGAAAACAUAAAAAAUGAAAUUGAAGAUUCAACUGAACCUUUGAUAGAUCCUGUGUAUGGACAUGGCAGCCAAAGUUUAAUUAACCUCCUAUUGACGGGACAUGCUGUUUCUAAUGUAUGGGAUGGUGAUAGAGAAUGCUCAGGAAUGAAACUUCUUGGUAUACACGAACAAUCAGCUGUAGGGUUCUUAACAUUAAUGGAAGCUUUAAGAUACUGUAAGGUUGGUUCUUACUUGAAAUCUCCAAAAUUCCCUAUUUGGAUUGUUGGCAGUGAAACUCACCUCACCGUAUUUUUUGCCAAGGAUAUGGCUUUGGUUGCCCCUGAGGCUCCUUCGGAACAAGCCAGAAGAGUUUUUCAAACCUAUGAUCCAGAAGAUAAUGGAUUCAUACCUGAUUCACUUCUAGAAGAUGUGAUGAAAGCGUUGGACCUUGUUUCAGAUCCUGAAUAUAUAAAUCUCAUGAAGAAUAAAUUAGAUCCAGAAGGAUUAGGCAUCAUACUAUUGGGUCCAUUUCUUCAAGAAUUUUUUCCUGAUCAGGGCUCCAGUGGUCCAGAGUCUUUUACUGUCUACCACUACAAUGGACUGAAGCAGUCUAAUUAUAAUGAAAAGGUCAUGUAUGUGGAAGGGACUGCAGUUAUUAUGGGUUUUGAAGAUCCCAUGCUACAAACAGAUGACACUCCUAUUAAACGCUGUCUUCAAACCAAAUGGCCAUACAUCGAAUUACUCUGGACCACAGAUCGCUCUCCUUCACUAAACUGAUUUUCAUAAGUAUUUAAAAGGAAGAUUAUUCUAGCAGAUGUUGAAAGAGGGUUGUAAGACUGGCAAUUGGCUAUACACUGGUAUCACUGACUAACUGUAAAUAACAUAACACAUUUUCAGUGUUUAAGAUAUGUUUAAAUUAUUUAUGUUAAAAUUUACCCUAUUUUAACUCUUUGUGUAUGAAAUUAACUAGCAAAAUUAAGCUUUAAUCAAAGUUCACCACUUUUGCAGUUGGAUAAUUGGUCAUUUAUCAAAUUACAAACAUUUAAUACUACAGCAUUGUACAGAGUAUCAAAGUUACUAUUUAUAAACUUCUAUUUUGAGGUUUUAUUUCAUUCAGGUAUAUUAUAUUGUUUAAAUGAUUCUGGCUUGCAAUAUAUCAGCCUCCAUAUUUAAAUGCAGAGUUAACUUUUAUUUCUUUUUAAAAAUCUGUUUUCCAUUAGAAAUACUAAUAAAUAACACAUUAUCAACUUGGAUCUCUUGACAAUUGGCUUAGCUCUGGCAUGUUUAUAAAAAGUAGAAACUAUAAAGGAACAUUACCAUUUAUUCACAGAUAUAUAGAGAAUGUAUUUUUUAAAAAAAUAGUAAAGAGAAUCUGUUUAAUAGUCUUAACACUGUUAACUCUUACUGUAUUGCCAAAUACACUCUUCUAAACUUGUCCCAACAGCCCUGUAAGCCAGUUUUGUUUUUUGUAAAUUUAUAAAUAUAAAUGCAUGAGAACAUCUGUUAUUAGUAUAUUGCAUUAUUUAUUAUGAUCCUAGUGGAUGGCCUAAAAUAAACACUUCUUUUCUUUAAAUGUA